AUGGAGUGCUGCACUGCCUUCUGUGGUCUUUUGAAGAUCCUUGGACGGAUCAAUGUGCGUGUGGCUUUGGGUUGGAAGAAGCAGACCUGGCCACAAGAUGAGUGGGUUUGGCAGUAUGAGGAAGAUGCCAUUGACCCGGAGAUUGCCAUCGUGGAUGCGCAUCAUCACUUCUUUGACCCUGUGGAGCAUGAGCAGUGGCCUGUCGCCAAGCCCCUGCGGAAGCUCAUAUUUAUGCAAGAUGGACAUGACCUGGUAAGAGGGAUCAUUACGGAUCCAGCUAUGGCAUCGUUGCCCUAUUGCUUUGGAGAGCGGGCGCCCUUACUGGCGAGAUACAAAGGCCCGGAGCUUCUGCGAGACAUCAAAGGCAAUGGCAAGGGCCAUCGGAUUGUGAACACCGUAUUCAUUGAAUGUGGAUGGAAGACGCCGGGUGAAGCCGUGCAAUGCAUGGAACCGGUGAAGGAGGCGGACAUGGUGAGGUCCGACUUUUGGUCGUCACAAAGGACAAUUCCGGGACACCAACGGAGAGGACUUGGUUCAAGUGCCCCAUCGGGGCCGACUUCGAGUGGAGGGGCCCCAGCCGGAAGCGGCAGUGAGACUGCCGGAAGGGAUGAGAAAAGUUUGUUUAAGAGUAUCGACUCUAAGAUCCUGCCAAGUAUGCCUGUACCAGACACUAGCAAGUGGAACACGAGGCCCUCAGAGAUCUUAGGAUUUCACAGCUAUCUAGAUCAGUUGACAGCUUGGAUUGGUAUGAUGCAACCAGAGUUCUCUAAAGAGGUAAGAGAAAUCGUAAGUAGCACGAGGCCAAUUCAGGACAGUGACCUGUCACCUAGCCAGAAGGAAAGGAGUAGCAGGUUGUACUACAUCCUAAAGCAGGCCCUAGAGAAGAGCCCGAGGGUCCAGUCGAUCGUAAAGCUGCAUGAGAGCAGUCUUGGAGUGACCACCACGACUAACGGAUAUCGUUUGUUGCAAAAGUUGAAAGAAGAGUACAGUUUGCAAACUCGUUCGGAAGCACUUCAUUUUCGUUCUUGCUUGUUUGAACUUUAG